AUGGCGAAGGGAGUCAACUCAGCGGCACCAGCGACGCCGGCCAAGUCGAGUGGGACGCGCAACAAGACUUCGGUGCGCUCCGGAAGCUUGUUCUCGACCCCAGCGACGGAUCCUAUGGAGUCGACCGACGAGCGUUCGGCGAGCUACGACACGUCGGUUGAUUCCUCGGACGCCAAAGAAGAUGAUGAAGAUGAUGACUGGGAUGUCAGGACUUUGGUGUCCGAGACUUCAGAAGCUGCGGUUGUGUCGGCAGGCCGCAGUGGUGGAUCGAGGUCGAUCGCCCGCGACCUCUCCGAAACGUUCAAUGACAUGCCGGGCUCCGAGCCCGCCUAUGACGAGGAUGACGGCGCGAUCGAUGGUUCCAAAGCCUCGGUGAUGGUAGGAGGGGCAACCUCCAAGUCGGUUGGUAUUCGACCUCCCCUCAACGGCGAUACUCCGGCGGCCAACAAGGUUCUAGGCCGAUGCAUGGAGCUGAUGAAGGCCAAGAGUGAGUGGAUGCAGUUGUUCUCACCUAAGCAGGUCCGCCAGGCCUUUUGGAAGGACCUCGGAGGGGCGUUGGGUACGCCGAUCAACGCAACGAGCACUCGGCAGGUCGCUCAGAACACGGUGGACCUCCUGCGGGCGAUGGGGUGCGAACCUCCGAUCCUCCCAACGGAGGCCGCCCUCGCAAGCUGGACGCCAACAAGCGCCGCCACGGCGCUCACCAAGUGGAGGAAGAAGCUGCGCGACGCCUUUGGAGUGACGGAUAGAGGCUCAACGAGGCUUCGUUCGGCCUCGGAAGUGGUUGACCGCUCCAAGGCCCCGUUACCAGCGUACUCUCGAAAGGCAGCCACGUAUGACGGAGUCUUCGCAGCCAUGGGUGAGGCCUCGCCUUACAUGCAAGACUCGCACAUGGUAACCCCGCGAUCUACGGACCGUAGUGAACGUCCGGCUAGGGAGACCGAGUCUUCGUACGCUACGCCUGCCACGCGCGGAGUAACCGGUCGCCGGUCCUGCCGCCGUUACGACCUCCAAGAUGACUCGUCGGAUAUUGACGAUGAUCUCGGGUCCGACUGUUACGAGGGCGACCCGCCAAGCGAAUGGGCUCGUCAGCUGCCACGCAAGACGAGACGCACGUGGAAACUGCUGUGCGAGGCAUUCAUUAAGUACUACUGCUCGAGGUUCUCCCAGUCUGCAAAGGCUCCGUACUACUCGGCCAAACGAGAGAGCAAAGAGCAUGUAUGUGACUACCUCAACCGGCUCCACGGCUACGCUCGCAACGCCGGGGUGCAGUUUGAGCACGGUGAUCGUGACGCGAAGAACCACGUCGAACACUUCUUGGUUACGUGUGACGACCGAGACUUAGAAGAGCGUCUGUGUCACGUUCGGGUCAAGAGCACCCAUGACCUCGAAGAUAUGACCAACGACAUUCUGCGUCACCGUGAUCACAAAUCAACUCGCGAAUCGUCGUUCCGCCGCUCCAGGAGUCUCGAUGACGGUCACCGUCGCGACACGCGGUCGAACGAGGAUUCUCGAAGUGGUUACCGCCGCGAACGACGUUACCGUGACGACGACCGCCGCCGUGUCCGACGUGACGGGUCACCACACCGGUCGAGAGUGACUUUAGUCGACGCCCUUGCCGAUGUAAUGGCGGAAUGGAACGUCGGAGGCUCGGCGAACGAGGAUUACUUCGAGGACGAACGCCAGUACUCGGACGACCAACGCUCGGACGAGGAUUCAGAUGCUGAUUAUGACUCGGACGAGUCUACCGGACAUGUCGCUGCCGCUAACGGCGCUGAGCGCAGGGCCGCAACCGAUGGAACGUUCGCCCGGUCCGACAACCGACGCUUCAGGAACGGAGGAGGCCCGUCCAACCGCGAACGAGAUGGCCGCCACCAGUAUGGACCAUGCGCCACGUGCGGAAGCCCGUCCCACUCGGUGCAUUUCUGCUACCGGCGGUGUAAACUGCGCAAACAAGUGCACGACGCUGGGAAGUGCGCGGCACUCCACGAGCUCACCAAGCUCAGGAAGUCCAAGGUCGACAAGAAGGAUCUGUCGCCAGAGCUGCUAGCUGAGCCUGCUGAUGAUGCGGACUAUCUGUUCGCGUUCACAGGCGAAAGCAAACGGCCUGACGACCUGAAGAACAAUGAACGUGUGAAACCGACGGAAAAAGGAGAGAACCGAGACGCAAGUCUCGUUGAGAUUGGUAUUGAUGAAGGUGAUGAUGAUGAACGUGAUGGACACCCGACCGAGGCUUUGAUUACAAGUCUAGCCCAGAUCAGGGGACCACCUCGGAGCCUCGUUCGGGCGGUGAAAUUACUGCCUGGCGAGAGACUAGGGUGGUGGUCGUCCCAACGAUACGGCAAGAGGAAGCGAAUGAGAGCUUUGGUCAACGGUGCAGUGGGCAACGCGCGAACGAGGAUACUCCUCGACACUGGGGCGAAUGUUAGCGUAAUUUCUGCCAGCUACGCCAAGCGGUUACGUGUGCGAGAAGUCCGGGACCACGGACGAAGUCUCGAGACGGGCCUCGUCAAGAUCACCCUCGGGUGGGAGCAGGUCUACGAGUUUGAAAUGUGGAUAAUGGAUCACAGUGCCGGAGUGGAUGUGGUCCUCGGGAUGGACGUUAUGAUCCCGGCUGGAAUCCGGCUAGAUCUGUUCCAUGGCACCGCACGCCUUCCAGACGAGGUCAGGGUACCACUGCUGAAGUCGCAGAGUGUUAGGGAUGACGAACCUUACGGCACGCAGCCUUCGAGUGGGCCGACCGAGGAUUUAUACGUCCACGGUCGCGAGUGGCGAGAGUUUCGACUGCCGCGCCAGUGGCUAUCUCGUUCGGAGUACUAUGUGUGGGCUUCGACGAGGGCAGCCGACAAGGGUACGACUCACCAAUAUUACGACCACAACGGCACAGUGUGCCAAGCACGACUCCGUGGUGCUCUGGGUACCGCAUGGUGA